CGAAAAGAAACAUCAUUUGCAAAUGCUCUUAGUCGGGAAUGACCUCCGGGUGAACCUAUCAAAUCGGUUCCCUCUCCCUCGCGCGCCUUUUGGUCUCACUCCGCCGUCACUUGCUCUCUAAAGUCUAAACCUCACCGAUUAGGGUUUAAGAGGCCGCCAAAAGUUUCAAUUUCAUGGCUUGGUGGCAAGGUUUCGAUGAAACUCGUCUUCUCGUAGCAGCUGAUCCUCCUGUAGCCGGAGACGGCGCCGGACAACUGAUUUCGCUCCGCCACCCAAAAUCCGGAAACACAAUGUGCUGUGUUUUAGUUGAUGGGAUGCUCCAGGAACUUAAUUGGUUCAGGCAGUCCUACAGUUCUUGGUUUCUCGGAGACUAUGUUUCUGAGGAUGGUGGGAUAUAUACCGCCACUCGUGUUGAUCCUGUUUUCGUUUUGUUGCCCAUUUUUGAGGAAGCUAGAAUGAAGAAAGGGGACGAUCCUGGGAAGUACAGGCCAUUGGAUGAGAUAAUCUUCGUUGAUGGCUAUCCCGGAUAUCAGCAACUACUGUCCAUUGCUGAGGACUCUAUGCAAGUAGUUUGUGAUAUCAAAGAAAUUGAUUCCUCCAAAUAUUUUAGACUUGACGACUCCAAGGUUCUGGCUUGGUUGUACCACAAGGCAUGCCAGCUAAAACAGACGCUAUCCACGUUGGACAGUAAUUAUGCUGCAAGGGAAGAAAAGCAUAGAUUGGCUGAUGCGGUUUCAAUAUUAGGGGAAUACCUGAAGGAUGAGCCCUGGUUGAAGCUUUUGUGUGACCGUUUGAGGAUAGAUUUACCAGAGGCACCAAAAAAAGCACCAGAUGCUGAAACUCUCCCAACUGCCAACGAAAGUAGCCCAGGGAUUUGGAAUGGUUCACAGGAAAAGAACAAGAGUGACAAUAAGGUUACUACCAGAGCUGCUGGAAGGCAAGCUAAAAAGAUCAAACUGGAGACGGGAUCACAUAACAUCAGAGACAUGUUCACUAGGGCCUCAUCAAGUAAGAAGUGAAUCAAUUCGAAACGGAACACAGUUGUAAAUCCUGAGAUUCGCUCAUCAUGACCAGAAUUUGUAAACCAUUUUCAUUAGCAACUAGUAUUCCUUUAGCAUUCAUAACAUAGCUGCUGCAAUUGUAAUGUCAUCGACUGCACUGUUUGUGUCAAAGUCAAGCUCACUCAAGUUUUUAUAUCCACUGUACAUUGAAAACCUAAUAGUGAGGUGAGGUUGAUGGAGACAUGGCAAUUAUCAAUUGUAUCCUUCUGGCCCACAAGAGGUUCUAUUGGCUAUUUCUUGCUGGGUUGGAUAGGAUUUUUUUCUUGGAAACCCAAUUUGUUUUGAGGGGAAUCGGUGAUCAAGUCAGGCCUUCAUGUAUGCCCACCUUAUCUCAUCAGAUCAAACGGUGGAAUAAAUUCUGAACCUUCGUCUAAAUUAUAGCAAAUUUAAUACCAAACAGUAUGUAUGACUUUUAGGCUUAUCUUUUAAUUAGAUUUUUACGCCAAAGCAUACCCUUGUUAAGAAUCUAAUAUCCAACAAAUUGGAUAUACUUUCUAAUAUGACUAGGUUUAUUCUGGUCGGUUGUAGUCCCCGAUUCCUUGGGGUUUAUGAUCUCUUUCCAACCUUCCUUGUGGAGUUGUGGGUUGUUAUAUUCGUAUCUGACACUUCUCAUGCAUAAAGUACAGGUUGAAAGGCAGGGAAGAAGAAUAAGGAAUAUACAAUCUUUCUCUCAAGCAGAAGAUUAUCCACAGCUCCGUAAGG